AUGAAGCUCUUAUUAAUACAAGUGAUUUGUACAUUUUGCAUCGCUAAUUGCGCGGUGCAAAUUGGACUGGCACCUGACCAAAUACCACCGGUCACCAUCAACUUGGCACAGCCCAGUGCGCUGGAAACAUCUGCAAAGUCAGCCUCAAAGCCUACGGUUUUCAUGAGCGAGGAUGUGGCCAAACAAGUACCAAAAUUGACACUGGGUGGCGUGGGUGAAUCCAUACCGGCCAUGGCGUUUGGCACCAAGGACAUUGUCUACAAUAAGCAAGCCACAUUGUUGCGGCGAUUUAACAACGACCAAAAAGCGGCCGAGGUGAUAAUUGAGGCGCUUAAAUCGGGCUACAGGCACAUCGACUCGGCCUACUUCUACAACGUGGAGCACGCCAUAAACAUAGCGCUGGCCCUACUGUCCAGUAAAAACCUGAUCAAACGGCACAACCUGUACAUUACCACAAAGGUGUGGAUGACUUUUCAUCGCAGGGAUCGGGUGCUCAAGGGUUUGAAAGUAUCCCUGGUCGACAUGGGUGUGGAGUACGUGGACAUGGCCAUUUUGCACUACCCGACUGGGCUCCAGGAUGGUGCAGAAAUCUGGCCACUCUACCCGAAUGGUACGUCGAUGCCCAGGUCGUUUGAGAAAAAUGAUUUUCUGGAGGCCUGGAAGGGUAUGGAAAAGGCCAAUAGGCUGGGCAUCGCCAAGGCUAUAGGUGUGGCCAACUUUAACACUGAGCAGCUCAAAACGCUGUUGAGCAAGGCCACAGUUAAACCGGCGAUUAACCAGGUGGAGUGCAAUCCGACGUACCAGCAAAACGAGAUGCUCGAGUUUUGCAACCAAAACGGCAUAAAAAUGGUCGCCUAUUCGCCGUUGAGAGGCGGCGACUAUCAGUUGGUGGACAACCCGGCGCUCGCGGCGAUCGGCAAAAAAUACAACAAAACCGGCGCACAGGUGGCCCUGCGCUGGAACUUUCAACGCGGUGUUGUUGUGCUGCCAAAGGCGGCCAAAAAGAAACACCAGGAUGAUAAUAUAGAUAUUUUUAAUUUUGAAUUGACCCAGGAGGAUAUGGAUAAAAUUGCCAAUAUUCCCCAGUUGCCCCGUGUCCUACAAGUGCCCUCACUGAUAAAUAACAAGCCAGCAUUCGUGUAUUUCGGUUGGGAUUGGUCAUUUUUCAUGUACUUACAAUGCGGACUAUUGCUCCGGGUCAAAUCGGCCAUACAACACUCGGGUGAUUGGAAAACGUUGAGCAAGGCGGUCACUCUGCAGAACUUUGGAAUGAGACCAGACUUUUUACCAUAUAUGGAUUUUCUACCCAAAGAUUACACCUAUAGUUACACUAUAUUGACAGCAAUUAGACGCUCUGAUAGUAGACAGUACUUUAAGUUUGUACCGGUUUUUAAUUUGCAAGUAGCUAUGAUCGAUGUGACUGCACCCCUGCUCGAGCAGACAAUGCACACCACUCGCAAACUGACCCAGAUAUUAAACCGAACCAAUAGACCAUUAUUAAACUACACCCUGCUUAUAAUGUUUAGCCUAUGGUAUUUAAUGUGCGUGUUAUUGACCAACACGUUUGCCGAAAAAAUAAUGACCGGGAUGUUUGCGAUGGAUGUAUAUCCGGUGGUGGACUCGCUGGAGGAGCUAGUUCAAAUAAAAAAGAUUAAAAUAAAAUCGGAUUACCACGAUUUAAACGGUUUGGCACCCAUUAAGCCCAUUGAGAGUAAACUUUUAACCCCGCGACUCAAAAGUGAUCGUAAAUAUUUUGAUAAUUUGCGCAAGGCCAAACAGCGUGAUUUCGAAACUGCACUUGUUGCCGGUAUACAUACUGGUAAAUACGUUAGGCUAGAUUACGAAGGUAUGACACAAAAUAUGCGCCACACUUAUGCGGGAAAGUUUCCACAGCUGUAUAUAUCGGAUAAUAAGUAUCGAUAUAAUCCUCAGGCGGUUACUAUCGGUAGGAAACAUGAUAAAUAUCGACAACUACUUAGCGCGUUCCGCAUAGGGUUUGAGAACGGGCUGUAUAUUCACCAAAAAUUGCAAACAGAUAUGAUAUUUCUGCACACUUUUGACACGACUCGUGAAAACAGACAGUUUUCCAGUGAAAUGGAUGACAAAACCUAUACUUUUGGUGAACUACUAAAGGGUCCGUUAAUAUUGUUGGCCGGACUCUAUCCCUGCGCUCUCAUUGUAUUCUUAUGNUGA